AUGGACUCGGACGCCUCCGUGUCCCCGCGGCGGCGGAGCUGCUACAGCGACAGCGGCGACUCCUCCUGCUCCGAGCCCUUCAGCGAGUGCGGCAGCGACGACCUCUCCUUCACGCCCGCCGCCGCCGCGGGCAUCCACCGCCUGCUGCUCUCCUGCGCGGCCGAGGCCUCCGACGGCUCCAUCUCCUCGCUCGUCGCCGAGCUUGAGUCGCCCUCGGCCUCGGUCGACUCGCUCCGCCGCGCCGCCAUGGAGCUGCGGCUGCUCGCCAAGCACAACCCGGACAACCGCAUCCGCAUCGCGGCGUCCGGGGCGGUGCGGCCGCUCGUGGCCCUGCUGUCGCACGCCGACCCGCUGCUGCAGGAGCACGGGGUGACGGCGCUGCUCAACCUCUCCAUCUGCGACGAGAACAAGGCCCUCAUGGUCGAGGCCGGCGCGAUACGGCCGCUGGUGCGCGCGCUCAAGUCGGCCGCGUCGCCCGCGGCCAGGGAGAACGCCGCGUGCGCGCUGCUCCGCCUCUCCCAGCUCGACGGCGCCGCGGCGGCCGCCGUCGGCCGCGCGGGCGCCGUCCCGCUGCUGGUGUCCCUGCUCGAGACCGGCGGCGCGCGCGGGAAGAAGGACGCCGCCACGGCGCUCUACGCGCUCUGCAGCGGCGCGCGCGAGAACCGCCUGCGCGCAGUCGAGGCCGGCGCCGUGCGCCCGCUGCUGGACCUCAUGUCGGACCCGGAGUCCGGCAUGGUGGACAAGGCCGCCUACGUGCUCCACUCCCUGGUGGGCUUCGCCGAGGGCCGCUCCGCCACCGUGGAGGAGGGCGGCAUCCCCGUGCUGGUGGAGAUGGUGGAGGUCGGCACCUCGCGGCAGAAGGAGAUCGCCACGCUCUCCCUCCUCCAGAUCUGCGACGACAACGCGGCGUACCGCACCAUGGUCGCCCGCGAGGGCGCCAUCCCUCCCCUCGUCGCCCUCUCCCAGUCCUCCUCCGCGCGCCCCAAGCUCAAAACCAAGGCUGAGGCGCUGGUCGAGAUGCUACGGCAACCGCGGAGCGCGAGCCUGCGCGCAACCAGGCCGGCGGCGAUCGUUGCGGCGGAGUGA